UGAUCUUUGAGUUGUUUUGAAAAUUUCAUAUUUAUACGUACAGAAGACAUCUACAAAAGGUACUACAACAAUCGGCUCGUGAAGUUUUGAACUAGCUAAAUAAGCUUUGUAACCACUUCUGACUGAACGUUGAGGAUUAUUAAUAAGAUAAAACUGCAACAAUAAAUUUAUCGACAGUGUACACGAGUCAAUAGUAAUAUCUUAGAAUGUUUGUAAGUUGAAUUCGUCUGUCAUAUGUUUUCAGUUUGGCUGCAUAGAGCCGGCGUCGUUGUUAACGUUAGUAGUAACAGCGGCAAUUCGAGAUUGUUACAUUCAGAAAGUUUGGUAAAGUGUGUAUGUAAAAUGUAAACAUAUGUGUGAUUUUUUUCUACUAUUACAAGGAAUCAUGGCAGAAAUAAAAUCGCUGUUUGUGCGAGUGCAAUAAUUGUCUUUGGUAUACUGUUAGCUUCUACGGAUUUAAUUAAACAACAUAGUCGACACAACGUUUCAGAUCAUGUCUGGCAUCAAGGGCAGCCAAAGUAAUCUAUCAUCAUCUUCAGCUCUGUCAUCUUCCAUGCAGCAUGGAACAUCUUUAACUGGUGGUGGAAGCAGUCUAGAGCAUUUAAGUUGUGAUGAAAGUAAUACAUCAGCAAGAUCAGUAAGACAUGCCAAAAGAUGUCAUUUUUUCCGUAAUGCUGAUGUAUAUUUCAAAGGAGUAUCACUUGUUUUUCCUACAGAAAGGUAUAGGUCAUUUGAAAGUGUGUUUUCAGAGGUUACUCGUUCAUUAUCAAAGCAUGUAAACCUACCGACUGGAGUUAGAAAUUUAUACUCCUUAACUGGAAAGAAAAUCAUGUCACUUGAUGAUCUGGAGGAUGGGAAAAGCUAUGUUGCAGCAGGAUCAGGAGAACCAUUCAAACGACUGAAUUAUGUUGGUGUCAGGAGAGGUGCUCAUAAAACAAAGACAAAAAGUUUUCAAGCUAAUGAAUCUUUGCCAGUGAAACAGCAUUUUCCUUCUUACAUUUAUCCUCGUGUUAUAACUGUAGUGAGAAAUGGUACAAGACCAAGAAAAAUUGUACGUCUUCUAAUUAACAAGAGGAAUGCACCGUCUUUUGAUCAUACAAUUACAGUUAUAACGGAGGCUGUGAGACUUGAUACAGGCCCUGUGUUGAAAGUGUAUGCAGCUGAUGGAUCUCAGGUCACAUCACAUGAAGACUUUUUUAAAACAGAAGAUAUGUUUUUUGCUUACGGAUUGGAGAGACCGAGUAAGAGAGAUUUUGAGUUAGAUUAUGAAGAACGAAAGUGUACUGAAAGCAUAAGGAGACACUCACGACGUGCUAAUAUUCACCUGAAAAGUGAGCACGAGCGGAGCAGCAGGAACGUGGGACAUGUAUGUGAAAUGCCAAACCCCAUUCGCCAGCCUCUAAUAAAAUCUAAGAAACGGAAACAGCCAUUAUCGCACAAUACUGAAUCAGGACCAGUGUAUCCACCACUGAUUGAAUCUACAUAUGAGAUGGGACCGAUAAUUGGUGAAGGGAAUUUUGCCAUUGUUAUGCAGUGCCGAGAAAGGGCAACAGGCCAGGUGUAUGCACUGAAAGUUAUUGACAAAUCCAAAUGUGCAGGCAGAGAACACAUAAUUGAUAAUGAAGUAGCUGUUUUGCAUAAGCUAUAUCACCCAAACAUAAUACAUCUCGUUACUGAAUUCUUCACUGAUUCAUUCUUAUACCUUAUCAUGGAAUAUGUUGAGGGAGGUGAUUUAUUUGAUUGCAUAACAGCUCAGAGAAAAUUCAGUGAAAAGGAAGCUAGCUUCUUGUUAAAAGAUCUUGCCAGUGCUUUACAUUAUAUCCAUUCAAUGAAUAUUGUGCAUAGAGAUAUAAAACCAGAAAAUUUAUUGGUGGCAACAAAUCCCAGGGGGGAAAAGGUACUGAAAUUGGGAGACUUUGGACUGGCAUGUCACGUUUCUGGACCAUUGUACACUGUUUGUGGGACACCAACAUAUGUAGCACCAGAAAUCCUUGAGGAAAAGGGCUAUGGAUUACAAAUUGAUGUUUGGGCAGCAGGAGUGAUAUUGUAUAUUCUGUUGUGUGGUUAUCCUCCAUUUGCGAGUCCUACAGGUGAUCAAGAAGAACUCUUUGACCGUAUACUGUCAGGAAACUAUGAAUUUAGUUCACCAUAUUGGGAUGAUGUAUCAGAGCUUGCAAAAGACUUAAUAUCUCAUAUGCUUCAAAUCCAGCCAGAAGUGAGAUUUUCAGCUGAAGAUGUAUUGGAUCACCAUUGGAUAAGAGUUGCACAACUAGAUGAAUGUGUUGAAGAACUUCAACUUGAUGACGGUGUGGCUGGGGCUGUCAGUAGGUAGCAGAGUUUGAAAGCACAAGGAAAAAAGUUUCACACUGCGUAUACAUCUUAAAGGAAACCAAUUAUGUUUUACAUACAUGUCACAUUCGGCUGUACACAAGAUAUCAAAAGACAGUACUUCGUAAUUGAAGAUAAUAAAAGUGAAAGAAAGGAGAAUAAUCUUCCAGUGCUUCCAAUCAUUUUGAUAUUAACAGUCUUCUGGUAUUAUAUUGAUUAUGAAAAAUUUGAGGAGGUGGAAGAUGAAGCUUUAGUCUGAUGACUGAUCAGGAUUAUAAGAUACAGGCAAACGUGUGUAGAGAAAAGUGAAUAAAAUUCAACUAUCUUGACAUCAUUCUCCAUGAACAUGACACAUGAAAGAAAGAAAGAAAGAAAGAAAGAUGGGAAAUUAGUAAAUAUUUUUAAAUAGUUGUAACAAAUUUAUGAUUAUUUCUUAAAGCUUAAGUAAUGGGUAACAUUUUAAUGAUACACUGAUUACUCCAGUAGUAACACUUUAAUUAUUUCCAGAUUCCAUGGAUUGUAAUUGUGAGGUCCAAGUAUGAUGUAGAACAAGUCAGUAGUACAAUUAUAUUAAACUUUCUCAGUGAAAAAUAUGACACUAUGCUGACGUGGUCGUCACAAGUUUUACAUAAAGUGAUUGAAAAGUUGUGCUGUGGCUGGAUUAAAUGAAUGGGUGUUCACUUCCCUUUGGUUUUGAUAUUUGUAUAUUCUAAAAACAUUGAUAUUCAUCACUGCCUGCAGAAAGUCACAAUCUUUUUAUUAUAAAAAGUAAUUACCACAUUCUAUAGUAGACUGAUUAGACUUUAAUAAUGGAGAAGCUAAUAUGACUGAAGUUUCCGUGUUAAAAGCUGAUGUUUUGAAGGCCGUGAAAUGGUAGACGUUAUAUUAAAGUGAUUGGAAGCAGCAGUGAUUUUGUAAGUUUGACUUCUGCUUUUUUAUAUAAAAUAUUUUAAAAAAGAGCCUAAAUAAUAGACUGGUAUAACAGUGAAGUUACAUGACUUCAGUGUUAAGUGUAACUAAGGCAUAAUAAAAAGUUGCAUGUUUAAAAUGCCAUAUACAUACAGAAAUUUAAGUGUGCUGUCACUUCUUAUUUGUAUUCAUUUAAGUGGACUGACACCUCAGACACAUUUACAUUUUAAUACAUUUUCAUUUAGGUACAUUUUAAACAAUUGGGUGAAAUUUAUUUCAUUAUGGACAGUAGAAUUUAAUUAUUUUUAUACAGUUAAUUAUUAUAUGAGCAAUACUAAAUAUUGGCUGUGUGAACAAUGUAUAUUGAGUGUUCAUUGAGAUGUGUGAAAUACCGUGUGUUGUAAUGAUUGUUAACUUGGCGCCAGCUACGAUAGUGCUUUAUUUAAUUUAUGAUGUGUAAGGUAGAAAAUAAGAGUAGUCGUUAAUAGCUGUUGAAUGUAAGAAAUUAAACAUGAAAGAGGACAGCUGUUAUUACAGGCAAAGGCUGGUGGUUAUGCAGCUUUUUGCUUUGGUGAUGUUUGUACUGAGCUAUUUGACGAAGCACCUGAACUCAUUGAGGAAGCUCGUAGAAAUACUUUUGACAUUUCAAAUGGUGUAGCAUAUUCUUUUGCCCAACUGUUGCUAGAGAUUAACAUGUAUGUAACAUUGAACAUACUGAGUAAAGUGCUAUUAUCACUUUUUCACUGAUUGUUUAUCCAGUCAGUGUUUCGUUCCUGUUAACCAAACUGCCAUUUCAGCU